GCAAGAUUUUCUUCCAAAAACGGCGUGAACUGCGAAACCUCUAAAGAACAUAAUUCCUCCUUUUCAAGGUUUCUUCAGUAUCACUGACUCAAACAAGUUCUGCUCAGAGAUCCAAUUUCUUUCCCAUUCUCUUCUCGAUUUUGCUCAAAAAGCUUUGAUUUUGGGCUCAUUAUUAGCUAAGUUCGACGAGGGUUUAGCGAAGAUUUAGAGUGUUGAAAACCCUAGGAUGUGUCUUUAGCGAAGGGAAACAAUGGCGAAAGCGUCGACGAUGCAAAAGAAGAGAUGGGCACUGAUGGUUUUGUUGUUUCUAUCUGUAUCAACAGUUUGUGUGAUUCUCGUGAGAUCUAGUUUUGAAUCCUGUAGCGUUGGUGGCCAAUUCGUGGAUAGCAGCGCCUUGAGGUUUCAAUCGAAUCCUCUAGCUUUCAUGAAAUCGAAGCUCGUUUUGUUAGUCUCCCACGAGCUAUCUCUCUCAGGUGGACCUCUGCUCUUAAUGGAAUUGGCGUUUUUGUUAAGAGGAGUUGGUGCUGAAGUUGUUUGGAUCACUAAUCAGAAACCACUUGAAGAAGAUGAAGUUGUCUAUAGUCUUGAACACAAGAUGUUAGACCGAGGAGUUCAGGUUAUCUCUGCAAAGGGUCAGAAAGCUGUAGAUAUAGCUCUCAAGGCUGAUUUGAUUGUUCUUAAUACUGCUGUGGCUGGGAAAUGGCUGGAUGCUGUUCUCAAGGAAAAUGUUUUUAAAGUUCUACCUAAGAUCCUUUGGUGGAUUCAUGAGAUGAGAGGACAUUAUUUUAAUCCGGAUUUGGUCAAACACCUCCCGUUUGUUGCAGGGGCUAUGAUUGAUUCGCAUGCAACAGCUGAAUACUGGCAAAACAGAACUCAAGCUCGCUUAGGGAUUAAGAUGCCUAAAACUUACGUUGUGCACCUAGGAAAUAGCAAGGAUUUGAUGGAAGUAGCUGAAGAUAGUGUUGCCAAGAGAGUUCUCCGUGAGCACGUCCGAGAAUCUCUUGGAGUGCGGAAUGAAGACUUACUGUUUGGCAUUAUCAAUAGUGUAUCGCGUGGAAAAGGCCAGGACCUGUUCCUCCGAGCAUUCCACGAAAGUCUUGAAAUAAUCAAAGAGAAGAAACUUCAGGUACCAACAAUGCAUGCAGUAGUAGUAGGGAGUGACAUGAGCCGGCAGACAAAGUUCGAGACAGAGCUACGCAAUUUUGUCCAAGAAAAAAAACUUGAGAACUUUGUCCACUUUGUCAACAAAACUCUGACCGUAGCGCCAUAUAUAGCAGCCAUAGACGUUCUUGUCCAGAACUCCCAAGCCAGAGGAGAGUGCUUUGGGAGAAUAACAAUCGAGGCCAUGGCCUUUAAGCUACCUGUACUUGGCACUGCAGCCGGAGGAACAAUGGAGAUUGUAGUGAAUGGAACGACCGGUCUGUUACAUAGUGCAGGGAAAGAAGGAGUGAUACCUCUCGCUAAGAACAUAGUGAAAUUGGCAAUGCAAGUUGAGUUACGGCUAACAAUGGGAAACAAUGGGUAUGAGAGGGUAAAGGAGAUGUUUUUGGAACAUCAUAUGUCACAUCGAAUAGCUUCGGUACUCAAAGAAGUCUUGCAACACGCAAAGGCCCGUGCUUUACGAUGAGAUGAGAUCAUUAAACAUGAAUGCGAAAAUGUUUCUUGAUCCCUCUAAUUUAUUCUGUUCAAAGAAAAUUACAAAUACUACCCAAAGAGAAGUUUUUUUUUGUUUGUGUAUGAUGAUUUUUUAAUUACGAAAUACGAGUUGAGACUUGAUAUCAGUUUAUUGCUGCAACCUGAA